CGUUGGAAAUUAUUCAUGGUAAACAUGUGAUUCUGUUUUUUUUCGGAAUUUCAGAUUUUGUAAAUAUUAAAUGAAUGAAAAAAUGUUGCCACCAAUUUCUGUGAUGAAAAAAAUAUUUGAUCGACGAUGGCAAAUUUUUAUCGUUCGUAAUUUAUCAUCAUCACCAUCACCAUCGUUAUCGUUAUCGGAAACAACAAAACGAAUUCGAAAUAUUGGUCUUGUUGCACAUAUUGAUGCAGGUAAAACAACAACAACCGAACGAAUGUUAUAUUAUUCUGGUUCAAGCGAACAAAUGGGUGAAGUUCAUCAUGGUGAUACUGUAAUGGAUUUCAUGGAACAGGAACGUGAACGUGGUAUUACAAUAACAAUGGCUGCUGCUACAAUCGAAUGGCUCAAACAUCAUAUCAAUAUUAUCGAUACACCGGGUCAUGUUGAUUUUACAUUCGAAGUUGAACGAUCAUUAUCAGUAUUAGAUGGUGCUGUUAUUGUUCUUGAUUCAGCUGCUGGUGUACAAGCACAAACAAUAAAAAUAUGGCGUCAGGUACAAAGAUUCAAUAUUCCUGGUUUAUUUUAUGCAAAUAAAAUGGAUAAAUCUAAUGCAUCAUUAGAUCUUUGUUUACAAAGUUUACGACAAAAACUGCAAAUUGAACCAUUAUUACUUCAAUUACCAGUUCGAAAACAAGGUAUAUUAACCGGCAUUAUUGAUCUAAUCAAUGGAAAUCUUCUUCAAUGGCCAUUAGACCAUAAUGAUCGUAUAGAAAUGAAUCGAAAUUCAUCACCAAUCGAAAAACAUUGUCUUUUAUCCGAUAAAAUUUCGUCAAAAUUUCUGACAUCAAAUGAGCAUCAACAAUAUCGUGAUGAAAUGUAUCAUGAACGUGAAUGUUUGAUAUCAAAAUUAAGUGAUUAUGAUGAUACAUUAGCCGAUCAUGUUCUUUCAUUGAAUCAAAUUCAUGAUGUUAAUCCUAUUGAAUUGAUUAAAUCUAUACGAAAAUUAUGUCUUCAGCGACAAUUAUGCCCAUUAUUGAUUGGUAGUUCAUAUCGUAAUAUCGGUAUACAACCAUUAUUGGAUGCAAUAUGUAAUUAUUUACCCGAACCAAUGGAAACACGUACAAAUCAAAUUCUUUAUGAACAUUAUACAAAAAAUCCCUCCAAACCAACAUCUACAGAAAAUCUAUGUGCAUUAGCAUUCAAAAUACAUUAUCAUCAACGAUUAGGUUUAUUAACUUAUCUUCGUAUUUAUUCUGGUUCAUUAACAACCAAUAUGAAUGUUUAUAAUUUAAACCGACAAUCGAUGGAAAAAAUUAUUAAAAUAUAUCGUCCAUUUGCUGAUCAUUUUCGUGAAAUUACUGCCUCCACUGAUCAUCAUCAUCAUACGAAAACAAUUCGAGAAUCAAAUAAUCAAGUUACAAUUGGCGAUAUUGUUGCCGUCUCUGGUUUAUCACAUACAAUCACUGGUGAUACAUUAGUUCAUUCAAAUAUUGAAAAUAAUAAUCAUGAUGAUGAGGAUAAUGAUGAAUUACCAAUGUUAGCCGGUAUUGAAAUACCUGAACCAGUUUAUUAUUGUUCAUUAGAAUGUCCAAGUGUUUCGAAAUUUAAACAAUUGGAACUAGCAUUACAUCAUCUGCAACGCGAAGAUCCAUCAUUACAUGUUAAUUAUGAUCGAAAUUCUCAACAAAUAAUUAUCAAAGGAAUGGGUGAAUUACAUAUCGAGAUCAUAAAAGAUCGUAUUAGACGUGAAUAUGGUAUACAAGUUGAAACUGGUCCAUUACAGGUAUCAUAUAGAGAAACAAUAACAAAAAAUCAUCGCGAAACAAUGGAACAAACAAAAAUUAUUAGUGGUCAUUCAAAUCAUAUUCGAAUCAGUUGUGAAGUUCGUCCAAAAUUAAGUUUAUUGGAUAAACAUUUAUCGGAAAAUAUUGAACAAGAUUUAAAUGAUAAUGGGGAAAAUAUCAAACGAAAAUCUGAAACAAUUGUUAAAAUUGUCAAUUCAAAAGAUCAUAAUCUUACUAGUCAAAUACGGCCAUGGCAAUUGAAAGCAAUUUAUUCCGGUGUAUCAAAAGCAAUGGAAUAUGGACCAUUAUUUUCAUUUCCUGUGGUUGGUGUACAGGUUUUUCUGUAUGAAUUUCAAACCAAUUCAUCAUCACCAUUAUCAGCACCAUUCAUUACAAAUAUAACUAGUCAAUGUAUAUUACAAGCAUUACGAAAAUCGGAACCAAUUCUAAUGGAACCAAUAAUGUUUGUUGAAAUUAUAACACCUGAACAAUUUAUUGGUCCUAUUAUAUCCGAUUUAACUAUACGUCGUAGUCAAUUAAUGGCCGCUCAUCAUCAAUCAUCAUCGAUAAUAUCCGAACGGAAUAUUUUAGCCAAAGUACCAUUGUCCGAAUUAUUUAAUUAUUCAACAACAUUACGUUCAAUAACAUCCGGUAUGGCUACAUUUGAUUUACGUUUACAUUCAUAUCGACCAUUAAAUAAUGAACAAACAGCUAAUGUUAUCAAAUCGAUUAGUGGUAUUGAUUAAUUGCAACAAAAAGGAUUCUUUCAACAACAACAAAAAUCAAUUCAUUUGUCAUUUUUGUUAUCACCAUCAUUCAU